AUGGCUCGACUUCCGCGCACCGAGAGGCUCCCCCUUGCUGCUCGUAAAGAUAUCCGAGAUUCUUGGGAGCUCAGGAAGGGCGAUUAUGAGGGAAGUCUCUCUAGAAUACUUGACCAGCCUUGGACCAUUGUUGUUGACCCAUGGGCCAUUCAUCCUUACUCCCAAGGUUCAUGGUGCGAAUCUUCCAUUGGAUGCGUUAUUGCUAGUUAUGUUGAAGGCGCUUUUGAUCGAUUGCGCGAUUUUUUUGAUCAGAAUGGAAACGAAGCCAGGGAUGAGAUCAACGAGAUAUGCUCCGCUCACGUUUUAACUAUCGACUAUGAUGAUACAAACACCGUAUCCUACUGUGGUGUCAAAGUCUCACCCGAGAGACAACUUGUUAUUCUCUUCAGCGGAAACAACCUGGGCACUAAUGCAAGUGAUGCUGCUAAUAGCAACAAUCUCACCAAAGCGCUGAACGACGCCCCUUCGCCAAGACCCAUGAACUUCACUGCCAGAAACUCGAUCAGAAACGGCUACAACCCUCGUAUCGAACAGAUCCAACAAAAACUCAAAGAGAUGCUUCAACAGGAUGUCUCCCUUGUUCCCAAUUUCGAAACAAAUUUCGAGAAGCUAACAGGCAAUACUAAUGCCAGUAGCGGCUGGGAGUGGACUUUCGGAAACGCCCACCUCGCAUAUUUCGAAGGUUUGGCCCUGCAGCUCCAAUAUGGCAAGUUUGGUGAGGACGAUAUGCUUCGAGAGGGUCUUCUUGAGACGGUGGAUAAGCACGCCGUUCACAUUCGCGUUGUGGAUCAGAUAAAGGGGUCGUAUAACGAGGCCGUUGUUGAGGAUGGUAUUCUUUACCUUCAGACUACCCCGAAGACUUUUGGUGUUAACACUUCCAACGUGGCUAGCAAUGUCAUUAGCAUCUUGCAGGUUGAUGAGUGGCACAGCAAGGAUUUCUACGUCAACAUAACCCAAAUAUGCAUACACAGAACUAUACGAACGAAAUGGUAA